CCUAACCCAGUGAUGGUGGAAGCCCAGUUUUGUGUGUGUGUGUUUGGGGAGGGGAGGGGGGGUUGCAGUUUUGACAGUAACUUAACCUAGAGCAAACAGCAAACUAAAAUUAUCCCACUAGGGAGGGGUCUGACUUAUCAGCGGGCGCACAAGUCGGAGAAGCACUGCGACACAAAAACAAGCCGCAGAUAACCGGAGGAAAGGUACAGCACGACUGUUAGCGUCCCCCAGUCCUCUUUGACGUGCUUUUUGAUUCUCUUCUCGUGGAUUAAAAGGGGCUUUUCAGUGACACCCGGAGGCGAUGAACUUUGCGUUGGGCUUCAAGCCGCCCGUGGGGGAGACGAGCACCAUGGACAACCUGGAGAAGCAGCUCAUCUGCCCCAUUUGCCUUGAGAUGUUCACCAAGCCCGUGGUCAUCCUGCCCUGCCAGCACAACCUGUGCAGGAAGUGCGCCAGUGACGUCUUCCAGGCCUCCAACCCGCUGUGGCAGAGCCGUAGUUCCUCAGCCAUCUCUACCGGGGGGCGCUUCCGCUGCCCGUCCUGCCGGCACGAGGUGGUGCUGGACCGCCACGGUGUCUACGGCUUGCAGAGGAACCUGCUGGUGGAGAACAUCAUCGACAUCUACAAGCAGGAGUCCAGCAGGCCCCUGCACCCUCAGCCAGAGCAGCAGCAGCAGCUGAUGUGUGAGGAGCACAAGGAGGAGCGGAUCAACAUCUACUGCCUGAGCUGCGAGGCGCCCACCUGCUCCAUGUGCAAGGUGUUUGGCGCGCACAAGGACUGUGAGGUGGCGCCGCUGCAUAAUGUCUACAAGCGGCAGAAGACAGAGCUCAGCGAUGGCAUAGCGAUCCUGGUGGCGGGAAAUGACAGGAUGCAGGCGAUCAUCUCACAGAUGGAGGACAUCUGCAGAACCAUCGAGGAGAAUGGGCGGCGGCAGAAGCAGGCACUGUGCGACAAGUUUGACGCGCUCUACACCAUCCUGGAGGAGCGCAAGAAGGAGCUGGUGGAGAGCGUGAGCCGGGAACAGGACCGCAAGCUGCGCCACGUGCGCGGCCUCAUCCGUUGCCACGGCGACCACCUGGAGGCCGCUGUCAAGCUGGUUGAGGCGGCCAUCCAGUCCAUGGAGGAGCCGCAGAUGGCUGUGUUCCUACAGAGUGCCAAGGACGUGUUUAAGAAGAUCACCGACACGGCGAAGGCAUCCGACCUGGAGCGGGCUGAGCCCGGCUAUGAGAGCAUGGCCCAGUUUGCCGUUGACACGGACAACGUUGCCGACAUGAUGAGGAGCAUUGACUUUCAGACAGGCUCUCAAAAUGAGGAUGAUGAUGAUCUGGAGGAAGAUGGCGAUGGCCUUCCUGGUGUGGAUGCAGAACCUGGCAGACAUUAGACCCCACUGGCCCCAUCAGGUCUGAACACUGAACAGACCCGAGGGCAUCUCCUGUAAGGAGGACAAAGGCACUAUGAGGGAGGCUUUCCUUAAUCCCAUAAGCGUACAUGCUGGAACCUUCCGCUGCUGUUUGGCGAAGCGCAAAGAUGAGCCUCAGCACCACACUGCAAGAAAAGCAUGAUUCAAGUGUUGUUUUGGUACAUGGAGAUUCUAUGGUAUUCCCCUUGUGCACCUGCUCUGAGGUCCAGGUUUGCUUGACAUUUAUGCGCACUGUCUGUGGUAGUUACUGAUUACCUAGUGGGUUUAACUGAGACGUAGGCAUCCAUUUCUUCACCUUUGUAACAGGUGGCCAAAGACCAUGAAUGUUUAUUUAUUUAAAAAAAAAUUCCCAUAGAACUUCUCAGAGUGUCGAUGAUGAAGAUAGAACAAGAGGGUUUAUUGGAUUGCUUAUCUCAAUAUUGCAGUUAGGCUUGUUUUUUACACAACAAAUAUUGGAGUUAAUGUUCUUGUAAUCAUGAUAUAAACACAAGCGUAUUGUCAUAAACACUAUAGUCUCACAUGGUAUGUACGUUUGGUUGUCUGUGUGAUUUGAUCCUUUAUAAGCUUAUACUUUUUUAUCAAAAAAAAUAAACUUUAAAUUUCA